AUACCUUCUUCUUCUUCCCUUACUUUUACUUCAUACCAACGAUGACAAUUGCUGUAGCAACGUUGAAUGCUCUCAAAAAGUUUUCUACAUGCGAAAUAGCCGACGCUAUGAUGAAACUCGGCCAGCGUCCCUGGGGAGGCUAUAUUCCGGACAUUGACAUGUGGUCGCCGAAAUACUGUGAAGGCGAAACACGCAUUAUUGGUCCUGCAUUCACUGUAAAGAUGGUGGAAAAAGAUGACACGACAUCUCCUAAGCCUUCGCAGCAUUUUGCGGAUGCCGCAGAAGAGGGUAGUGUGAUGGUGAUUUCUGCGCCUGCAGGUGUCAAGGGAGCUGUAUGGGGUGGAUUAAUGUCGGCUCGUGCCAAAGCAAAGAAAGUCCAAGGUGUAGUGAUCGAUGGACGUGUGCGUGAUUUGAGUGAACAUCGAUCCAUGGAAUACCCUGUCUUUGCCAAGUCGCACUCGACCUUGCCACAAAAUGCGUUCGUACGACCUUCGGAGAUUCAGGUACCGAUCACCAUGUCAACCUCGCCAGUGGUUGUGAACCCUGGUGAUAUCAUGGUUGCCGAUAUCGACGGUGUGAUUUGCGUUCCUGCCAGCUUGGUCGAUGAAGUGAUUCGUAGCUGUGAAAAGUAUGUGGCGAUUGAUGACCAAUGCAUGAAAGCCAUUCAAGAAGGUCAUGGAGUCAAGGAAACCUUUGCCAAAUACCGUGGCACGUAAACAUCGCAAAAAGGAAAAUAAAAAUAAAAAAUAAUCCCCCCACACACAUAUAAAAGGAUGAAUUGUAAUACAUGUCGGCAUCGAAAAUGAAUAUGCAAGGUGAUGAAGACGAUGUCAACGCAUCAACGUUGUCCCCAAGACAACAAUCCAAAAAAAAAAAAAAAUCGGAC